AUGGCUGAGGCUGUGGCCCUUAACAAAGUCUCGAUCAAGAACAAGUAUUCAGGGCCCCUUGUCAUUGACCUGUUCGAUCGUUUGGCGAAGGCGAACUACUUCACCAAGUUAGACUUGCAUUGGGGCUACUACAAAGUACAGAUUGCCGUAGGCAAUAAGCUAAAGAUGACGAUGGCGUGGGGACGUAUUGUGGCACCUUCGAGAAUGUCAGACUACGGUUCUAGUCACUUAGAUUGUUGGAUUCGCUUCUGGCGUGUGAAUGGACUCACUGUCAGAGGAAAUGGACAAAUUGAUGGCCAGGGUGCUAAGUGGUGGCAAGCUUUUACAGCUGUAUCAGGCAGCAAUGGUGCAACCAUCUCCAACCUCACGAUAACUGCUCCCGACUCAAGCCCCAACACUGAUGGCAUUGAUAUUUCCGACUCAACAAACAUUCACAUUUAUGACUCUACCAUUGGAACUGGCGAUGAUUGUAUUGCUUUAAGUAAUCAAACCUCCCAAAUUUAUGUCAAAGGUGUAGUAUGUGGUCCCGGCCAUGGUAUAAGGGAGGGUCUGGAUAUGCCAGGAAAAUUACAUUCAAAAAACAUUAAGCUCGAUAAUAUUGAGAAUCCCAUCAUCAUCGACCAGUAUUACUGUCUCCAUAAAACAGAUUGCCAGUCUAUGAAAUCUGCAGUCCAAAUAAGUGACGUAUCAUUUACAUCUGCAACAGAUGAUGCCAUCAAAGCUAAGCUGCAAUAUGCUAUGCAGGAUUUUUCUAUCUUGAUUUGCUUAAUUUUGAGCAUGGCCUCAUCUGGAUCAAGCAAUGUUGCACUUAAUGGUAGAACCACUACUUUUAAUGUGCUAGAUUUUGGAGCGAUUGGAGAUGGAGUGACAGAUGAUUCUCAAGCUUUUCUGAAGGCAUGGAACGCAGUUUGCACUGCCCGAACAACCAGUGCCAUGCUUAUAAUUCAAAGGAAGAAGACAUUCUUGUUGAGCCCUACGGUCUUCAGCGGCCCAUGCAAACCUCCUCAAAUACAUGUUCUGGUUUUAGGAGAUAUUACUGCACCUAAAACAAGAUCAGCAUGGGGACGCUCAAGUUAUUGGCUCAUUUUCCAGUACAUAGAUGGGUUUAUUAUCAAUGGAAAGGGAACACUUGAUGGGCAAGGGUCUAGUUGGUGGCCAUCACUCUAUUAUAAACAGGAACUACUGAAUUAUACUAAUUCAUAUGCAUUGGGAUUCUCUUUCUGCAAUAAUCUUCAAAUCUAUGGACUAAAUGUUGUCAACAGCCCUAGUAAACAUGUUAAACUAUUCAGAUGCAAUGGUGCAAUUCUCUCAAACCUUAACAUAAAGGCCCCUAAAGAAAGCCCUAAUACAGAUGGUAUUGUCAUUGGCGAGUGUAGCCAAAUUCAAGUGCAUGACAACAACAUUGGAACCGGUGAUGACUGUGUUGCUAUUCUUAAGGGGUCCUCCAAUAUAAACAUUAGCCGUGUAGCAUGUGGACCUGGCCAUGGUAUAAGCAUUGGAAGUUUAGGAAUGAAUGGAGCAUAUGAUACAGUAGAAGAAAUACAUGUACAAGACUGUAGUUUCACCGGAACUCAGAAUGGAAUAAGGAUCAAGACAUGGCAGGGAGGGUCUGGAUAUGCCAGGAAGAUCUCAUUCCAGGGUAUUACACUCAAUGCAGCCGAAAACCCUAUCAUCAUCGACCAAUAUUAUUGUCCUCAGCUUCACUGCCCAAACAAAACAUCGGCAGUUAAGGUGAGCGACAUUUCAUACACUGGAGUUCAAGGGACGUCAAUGACGAAGACUGCCAUAAAUUUGAGAUGUAGUCAAAGCAUGGCUUGCACAAACAUUGAGCUGAACCGAAUCAACAUAACAUCAGUGGGACAAAAAUUUAUAACUUCUUCAUUUUGUCUCAAUGCCCAUGGAAGAGCUAGUAGAUCCAUUCCGAAUUUGCGUUGUCUAAUGAAAUAA